CUGGAGAGACUGAGGCGAAAGUGAAGCAGCAGGAGAGAAAGUUUCCUUGUAGGUGCCUGGUCUAAGUAGCGAGUGAUGCACCUAAAGCAGCGGCAACGGUGGCAGCGGGCUGUGCUGGUGCCGCAUUGUGCUUGCUGAGGCUCCUCCUGGGCGGCGGGGGCUCAGUAACGUCCUACGAGGAGGAGGAGGAGGAGGAGGAAGCAGCAAAGCAGUCUCUAUUCGCCCACCUCCACCAGUAUAUCCUUUCAGCCAAGAGGGUGUUGCGUGCUCGCUCUCGCUCUCCUUUCUGGCCUCAGUGCAAUGUGAAGCUUGCACACAAUCUUGAUCGCGAAGGACUGGAGCUUCAACCUAGUACAUGCAUCCGAUAAUCAUCUUCUCCUACAAAAUGGAUUUUAGCCAGAACAAUCUGUUUGGUUACAUCGAAGAUCUGCAAGAACUUACUAUUAUUGAAAGGCCGGUACGAAGGAGCUUAAAGACACCAGAAGAAAUUGAGAGACUGACAGUUGAUGAAGAACUCAAUGAUAUUGAAAGGGCUGUUUAUCUACUCAGUUCUGGCCAGGAUAUCCAAGGAACAAGUGUGGUUGCAAGUCUUCCAGUCCUGAUGCGACAAAAUCCUUCAGAGACACUGAGAAGAGUCCUGCCAAAAGUUCGUGAGGUUCUGCCUGUUGCAGGGGUGGAAAUGCAGUUAACAGCUGCUGUUUCACUUUUGACUAUUCUGCAAGAGGAGUCAGUAUCCAUCCAUACCUACUCCCACUCCUUCCUACACAUCAUUCUACAGAAUCUGGAGCACAGAGAUGCAGGUGUCAGUAAUGCUUGGCUAGAAACUCUUCUUGCUGCCAUAGAAGCUCUGCCAAAAGAAACCAUUAGACAUGAGAUUUUGAAUCCUCUUGUGUCCAAGGCCCAGCUUUCCCAAACGCUUCAGUCUCGCUUGGUUAGUUGUAAAAUCUUGGGGAAAUUAGCUAACAAGUUUGAAGCUCAUAUCAUUAAGAGAGAAAUUCUUCCACUGGUAAAAUCUCUCUGCCAGGAUGUAGAAUAUGAAGUUCGUUCCUGUAUGUGUCGGCAGCUGGAGCUCAUAGCUCAAGGGAUAGGGACUGAGCUGACCAAAAAUGUAGUGCUUCCUGAGCUGGUCGAAUUAGCAAGAGAUGAAGGCAGCAGUGUACGUCUUGCAGCUUUUGAGACCUUGGUUAAUUUGUUGGAAAUGUUUGAUGCAGAUGAUAGAAGUCAAACUGUCCUCCCAUUAGUGAAAUCAUUCUGUGAAAAAUCCUUCAAAGCAGAUGAAUCUAUUCUGGUUUCAUUAUCUUUCCAUUUAGGGAAACUUUGUAAUGGACUAUAUGGAAUUUUUACACCAGAGCAGCAUUUGCGAUUCUUGGAAUUCUAUAAGAAGCUUUGCACGCUUGGAUUAGAACAGGAAAAUGGGCAUAAUGACAACCAGGUACAACUCCAAACACUAGAACAGGAAAAGAAGUACAUUUCAGUGAGGAAGAAUUGUGCAUACAAUUUGCCAGCCAUGAUGAUGUUUGUGGAUCCAAAAAACUUCAACUUGGAGCUGUACUCUACAUUCUUCUGUCUCUGCCAUGACCCGGAAGUGCCAGUCAGACAUACUAUGGCUAUUGGCUUCUAUGAAGUUGCUAAGCUUUUAAAUACCGAUGUGUAUGUAAUACAUAAAGAACUGGUAGCCCUGUUACAAGAUGAGUCACUAGAGGUAUUAGAUGCAUUAAUUGGUCACCUUCCUGAAAUCCUUGAACUGUUGUCUACUGGAGGAGAAAACAAUGGCUCAGAGAGCAAGUUACUGAACUUCCCAGAGUUGAUUCCGGCAUUAACAAGAGCAGAACAGAGAGCAGCCACCUCUUUAAAAUGGAGGACUCAUGAGAAGCUACUACAAAAAUAUGCCUGUCUGCCUCAUGUCAUUUCAAGUGAUCAGAUUUAUUACCGCUUUUUGCACAGAAUGUUGACAAUCAUUAUGACAAAUAAUGUCUUACCUGUCCAAAAAGCAGCUGCUCGAACCCUGUGUGUGUACUUGCGUUACAAUCGCAAGCAAGAGCAGAGACAUGAGGUCAUCCAGAAACUGAUUGAACAACUGGGCCAAGGAAAAAGCUACUGGAACAGAUUGCGUUUUUUAGAUACCUGUGAAUUCAUCAUAGAGCUCUUUUCCAAAUCAUUUUUCUGUGAAUAUUUCUUUCUCCCAGUGCUUGAGCUUACACACGAUCCUGUCGCAAACGUGAGAAUGAAACUUUGUUAUUUAUUGCCAAAAGUGAAGUCUACUCUCAAGGUACCCACAGAUAAACAUUUACUGCAGCAGCUGGAACUGAGUGUAAGGAAGCUUCUGUGUGAGGAGAAAGACAAAGAUGUCCUGAACAUUGUUAAGAAAAUGGUACUAGAGCUGGACAGAAUGGAAACCUCUUUGGAUGCUUUUCAGAAGAGGUUUUAUGAAAAUGAUCUAUUGGACCAGCAAAAGGAAAGAGAAGAGCACCUUCUUUUGGAAAUGGAACAAUUAGAAAAAGAGAAACAGCAAAAUGAGGGCAGGUCUACCACUAUGAGUGAUAAAAUGUAUGAGAAGAAGCGUAGAGACAGUAAAACAUCGUCAACUUUGGCCAAAACUAUAUCAAUGUCUGUUUCUGGAAAUCCUUCAGGUGCUUCAACAAGCAAAGAAGUAAAGAAAUCUAAGUUGGUACGAAGCCAGUCUUUCAGUAGCCAAGCCCUACACUCAAAAUAUGGCAACUUAGAGAAGUGUCCCAGCAAAAGUUCUUCAACUGGAUAUACUUCUGUAUCUGCAGCAGGAAAGAGUUCUAUGUUCUCAUUUACUGAUGACUCCUUUCGUACUCGUUCUAGCAAUUCCAGUGGAACUGCUGCCUUUUCCUCUACUUCAACAUUAUCAUCUUCUUCUCGUAAUGCAAGUAAUUCAGUUGAUCAAAAGAACAAUGGGAGUAAAGAAAGCCAUUCGCGGAAGGUUAGCUUAAAAAACAGAAAAUCAAACCCCUAGAGCUGGUAAAAGAAAAGAUGCACACCAAAGACUGCUGGAGGCAACCUGGCUGAAGGAUUGGCAGGCGCGGGGAUACAACCUUGAAUGUGAGGAUCGGAGAGGAGAAUGACUGCAUCUCACAAUGUUAACAUCUUCUGUCAGUUAAAUAAAUUCCUAUGUUGUAAAAUAUCUUCAUAGAAAUAAUGUAAUAUGUGCAGAAUUCCAAUGUUGUAAGUGAAGUGUUUAAUUCAGUGUUACUUUACAAAUGUGCUUAAAAUCUGCUGCAGCUAAAGAGACAGGGUUCCCCCUUCCCCCCUCUCAAUUAUGCCUUUUAAUGGUUGAGGUUCUUCAAUUUGGAAUGCAAGGGCCUUCUAUAUUAAAAUAGACCUAUUUAUGAGCUUAGGAACUCCUAAUAUGCCUUUGUUAUGGAAAUGGAACCACAUAGGUGAAAUUGCUCUGCAUAUAAGAUUAGGUGACACUUUCCCUCUCAGAAAAGCUUUUAAAUAUCAAGGAAGGUUUAGCGUGGAACCUGGGAGCGUAGACAUAUGGAGAAGUAUAGUAAUUUAAAAUACAGACAUGCUAUAAUUUUAAGUAGGAUCGCUUAUCUGGUGUAUAAAAAACUCAAGAUUUUCUUUCUUUCACCUUUUAAUAAGAACAGAUACCUCCAAAAUGCAUAUAAAUGAUUUAUUCAUUUCUUAUUGCAAUUUUGUUGUAUAAAUUUGUUGUAUAAAUACUUUGUUUUAACUUCUGGUAUUUCAGGUUGUAGUUUCUCUUUAUCCAAUACUUUAGAAAUGAUGAAUCUAGUUUUUAAUUAGUUAUUUCAAGCUAUCAUGCUUUUAGCUAUGUCAACAGCAUUUUGUUUGUAUUCAUGCUAACAUUUCUAUUAAAAUUUGCCUGCAACUUGCAGUUCUAUUUAAAAAGUUCUAUUUAUGCCAAUACUUGAGAGAGACUGUAUGAAGCUAUUGUCAGCUUCUCUAUUUCACAAAUGCAAUCAGCAAAACUAUAUUGAUAUCAGAUAUCUGUUUUUUAAAAUAUAUUGGUGUAUGAUAAAGAUAAUCUAAUUUGUGAAUGAAAAUGUGUGUGUUUACUUUUUUCAAUGUGAAAUAAUGACUGCUUUAUGCCCAAUAAAAUGUAGGACAUUGAAA